UGCACCUUCACAAGCCGGGAUUUUGGCUUUGCUGCUGCCCUGUGGGUGAAGAAUCCCUUCUUUCUGCCGGCAGAUGUUGAGGUGCAGGAGGCAACAAAAAUCUUCAGCAGCAGCCGUCGUUCCAAGGGAGGAGGCAUUACCCUGGCCGAAGGCACAGCUUUCUCUCCAUGCUUCUCUAGAGGUGCUCAGAUGGGAUUAAAGUCCACAUGGAGAUAUGGAAAUGGACCAGGAAUUUACUCUAAAAAGAUGGUCAGCUGGGAUUCGGGUUGCCUUAUCUGCCUGGUGGUGGUCACCAUGGCUGGACUUUCCCUGGCUCGACCUUCAUUUAAUUUAGUUGUUGAAGACACCACGGUGGAACCUGAAGAGCCGCCAACCAAAUACCAAAUCUCUCAGCCAGAUGUUUACUCAGCACUUCCAGGAGAGACGCUUGAGUUGCGCUGUCAAUUGCGAGACGCCGUCAUGAUCAGUUGGACUAAGGAUGGGCUCCCUUUGGGGCCUGACAAUAGGACAGUGAUUAUUGGGGAGUACUUACAAAUUAAGGAUGCCACAGCCAGAGAUUCGGGCCUCUAUGCUUGCACUGCUGUUAGGACCCUAGACAGUGAUACUCUGUACUUCAUUGUAAAUGUUACAGAUGCUCUUUCCUCUGGGGAUGAUGAAGACGACAAUGAUGGGUCCGAGGACUUUGUGAAUGACAGCAACCAGAUGAGGGCGCCCUACUGGACACACACGGACAAGAUGGAGAAGAGGCUCCACGCCGUGCCGGCCGCCAACACCGUCAAGUUCCGCUGCCCAGCCAUGGGCAACCCAACGCCCACCAUGCGCUGGCUGAAGAACGGGAAGGAGUUCAAGCAGGAGCAUCGCAUUGGCGGCUACAAGGUCCGUAACCAGCACUGGAGCCUCAUCAUGGAGAGCGUGGUGCCGUCGGACAAAGGGAACUACACGUGCAUAGUGGAGAACCAGUACGGCUCCAUCAACCACACCUACCACCUGGACGUGGUCGAGCGCUCCCCGCACCGGCCCAUCCUGCAGGCGGGGCUCCCCGCCAACGCCUCCGCCGUGGUCGGCGGGGAUGUGGAGUUUGUCUGCAAGGUCUACAGCGAUGCCCAGCCCCACAUCCAGUGGAUAAAGCACGUGGAGAAGAACGGCAGUAAAUACGGGCCAGAUGGGCUCCCUUAUCUCCAGGUUUUAAAGGCUGCCGGUGUUAACACCACGGACAAAGAGAUUGAGGUUCUCUAUAUACGGAAUGUAACUUUUGAGGAUGCUGGGGAGUAUACAUGCUUGGCGGGUAAUUCUAUUGGGAUAUCCUUUCACACUGCAUGGUUGACAGUUCUGCCAGCUCCUGAGAAAGAAAAGGAAUACCCAACCUCUCCAGACUACCUGGAAAUAGCAAUUUACUGCAUAGGGGUGUUCCUGAUAGCCUGCAUGGUGCUGACAGUGAUCAUGUGCCGCAUGAAGAACACCACCAAGAAGCCAGACUUCAGCAGCCAGCCCGCCGUCCACAAGCUCACAAAGAGAAUCCCCCUGCGCAGACAGGUAACAGUGUCGGCCGACUCGAGCUCCUCCAUGAACUCCAACACGCCCCUGGUGAGGAUCACCACCCGCCUCUCCUCCACUGCUGAUGCCCCCAUGCUGGCUGGAGUCUCGGAGUAUGAGCUGCCAGAAGACCCAAAGUGGGAGUUCCCAAGAGAUAAGCUGACGCUGGGCAAGCCCUUGGGAGAAGGUUGCUUUGGCCAAGUGGUCAUGGCCGAGGCGGUGGGGAUUGACAAAGACAGGCCAAAAGAAGCAGUGACCGUGGCAGUGAAGAUGUUGAAAGAUGAUGCCACAGAAAAAGACCUGUCUGACCUGGUGUCAGAGAUGGAGAUGAUGAAGAUGAUUGGGAAGCAUAAAAAUAUCAUCAAUCUUCUUGGAGCCUGUACCCAGGAUGGUCCUCUGUAUGUGAUAGUAGAAUAUGCCUCCAAGGGGAACCUGCGGGAGUACCUGCGAGCGCGCCGCCCGCCCGGCAUGGAGUACUCCUUCGACAUCAACAGGGUGCCCGAGGAGCAGAUGACAUUCAAGGACCUGGUGUCCUGCACCUACCAGCUGGCACGAGGCAUGGAGUACCUGGCUUCCCAAAAAUGCAUCCAUCGAGACUUGGCCGCAAGAAAUGUUUUGGUAACGGAAAACAAUGUCAUGAAAAUAGCAGACUUUGGUUUAGCCAGAGACAUCAACAAUAUAGAUUAUUAUAAAAAGACUACUAAUGGACGGCUUCCAGUAAAGUGGAUGGCUCCAGAAGCUCUGUUUGACAGAGUUUACACACAUCAAAGUGAUGUUUGGUCAUUUGGUGUGUUAAUGUGGGAGAUCUUCACCUUAGGAGGGUCACCCUACCCAGGAAUCCCAGUGGAGGAACUUUUUAAGCUGCUUAAAGAAGGGCACAGGAUGGACAAACCUGCCAACUGCACCAACGAGCUCUAUAUGAUGAUGAGAGAUUGCUGGCAUGCUGUGCCUUCUCACAGACCCACUUUCAAACAGUUGGUGGAGGACUUGGAUCGGAUCCUCACUCUCACAACUAAUGAGGAGUAUCUGGACCUCAGUGGGCCUCUGGAACAGUAUUCCCCCAGCUACCCCGACACGAGGAGCUCGUGUUCCUCGGGGGACGACUCGGUGUUCUCGCCCGACCCGAUGCCUUACGAACCUUGUCUCCCCAAGUACCAGCACAUGAACGGGAGCGUGAAAACAUGAAAGGAGGAGCAAAGAGGCGAGAACAUCAAAGCUACCUACCGUAUGCAAAGCUAAAGCUUUCCUCCAGGACCUUCACGUUUCUGCUUGUACAUAGGAAAUGCGGGGAAAAAA